AUGGCUACGUAUAAUAAUCAUAUGAUUUUAAUACUAGUUUGUUUCUCUAUGGUGUCUUUGUCCUCUUCUUCAUUUGCCGAUAAUAUGACUGAAUUGGGUGCACUUUUGAACGCAAUAUCCUGUUCCGAUGGAUCUUCUAUAGGAACUAAAGUCAUAAAAGGUGUUGAGUUUUUCUCUUCUCUGGGUAAUAUUUUUAUCCCUGAUAGUAUCACGAAACAUCUUCAAUUUGAACCUGAAUGUAAGAAUUAUUCUGCUGCUGUUAAUGAUGCAAAAUUACUUUAUGAAGACCUAAUCAUUAUUAAAUCCGCCGAUAUAUUUAGUAACUAUUACGCUAUGCUGGAUUUUUAUUAUCUUGCUGCAAAUAUAACUGAAUAUCUUAUUGACAAACCUCGAGGUGAUGAAAAUGAGGCUCUGAGCUAUAAGCCAAUACUUCCCACAAUACGUGGGUCAUGUGAUUUACAAAUUAAACCCUUGGACGUCAGAAUAAAAGAAUAUUACACAGGCAUUAACGGUAUGAAAUCAAGAUCAAAGAGAGGUUUUUGGGGUACAACUUUAUCCCUUUUCAGUAAAACUGUUGUCAAAGCUAUUACCAAUUCAGUUAAAAGGAAGUAUCACACAUUGUACAGUAUUAAAAAGAAUCCGAAAUUAAUAUUUAAUCACAUAAACGGAUUAUCAGUGGCAAAGGCUUUAGCCUAUGAAGCAGCUUUUGUUUCGGUUAAUUCUGCAUCCAGAUAUUACUUGAAGAAAGAACAGUGCCUUCCUCCCGCCCUACGUUCUGAAUAUUGUACUAAUCUAGAAAACCGUUCCAACAUGCAUAGCAAGGUGCUUGAUGCUUAUUCUCACUGUGUUAAUCUUCUUUCAAACUAUAACACCGAUCCGGUUGACCCGCAGUGA